AUGGUAGAAUCCCGCGCAGCGAAACGAAGGAGGGUGUCCGAGGAUGUAGAUCAGGAUGGAGAUAUCAAGAUCCCCAGCGAAGUGCCCGAGACCCCCCCAAGCAAUCCGGACGAGGACGAUGUCAUUGCGAUGGACAUCGAUGAUCCAGAAGUCGAUGCAGCCUUAGCUGCUACACCAUCCAAGUCCUCCCGACGACGGUCCACUGCUGCUGCUAAAGUAGCUAAUGUUGAAGAUAAUGAAACACCGUCGAGGAGUGUCAGAGCGAGCGGCAGACAGCGAAAGGCGCCUGUGAGAUACGAAGAUGAGAUGUUGACGAAUGAUACUCCGCGUCGGUCCAAACUUUCUACGACAGAAACGCCCUCAAAGACACCUCGGUCAGCGAAUGGAUUACAUAGAACGCGAAAGAAUGUCACGACAGAAACAGAAGUAUCGGACAGUCGUUCUCCUGAAAUCGAUGUCCCAGUGUCACGGAGAAAAUCGAGAAGAUCUACAAAGAAGGAAAGUGGGAGGGAAUCUGAGUCCGAGUCCGGCUCGGAAACAGAGAAAAACGACCCGGAGUUGGGUCUUAUUAAUGGUGGAAUGGAUGAUACUUAUGAUCCAGUUGCUGCGCAGCUACAGGAAGAUCUAGUACAAGAGGCCGAUACCCAUGAAGGAACGACACAGGCUGUUCCAUUGCCGGAUUAUGCAGAGACGUUUCAAAAGAUUUGUGCUUCCGAAUUUCAGGAAGAGACUCGCACGUUGGGCCAAAUUGUCCUUGAGAAGCUGAGUGGGAAACGGCUGACCUCAUUGAAAUAUUUAAAUGCAGAGUAUCAGAAAGUCUAUCAGCUAGUGGAGCAGACGGUUACUGCCGGAGAAGGAAACUCGAUGCUCUUGAUGGGAUCACGCGGGAGUGGCAAGACUACCAUGGUGGAAUCGAUUCUCUCUUCUCUGUCAAAGGAUUACAAAGACGAUUUUCACGUUGUCCGUCUCAAUGGGUUUUUCCAUACUGACGACCGUCUGGCUCUACGGGAGAUCUGGCGGCAGCUUGGCCGUGAACGAGAUACAGAAGAUGAAGCUUCCAAGAUCAACAGCUAUGCCGACACAAUGGCAACGUUACUAGCGUUAUUAUCGCACCCCGAAGAGCUCUUAAACAAUACAGAUGCCUCCAAUGGCAUCACAACCGCAAAGUCAGUUGUCAUAAUCCUUGACGAGUUUGACCUUUUCGCCACGCAUCCCCGACAGACUCUACUGUAUAAUCUCUUUGACAUUGCACAGGCGCGCAAGGCGCCACUGGCCGUGCUUGGAUUGACAACCAAAGUCGACGUGACGGAAACGCUCGAGAAGCGUGUGAAGAGCCGUUUCAGCCAUCGCUACGUGUAUUUACCGUUAGCAAAAACUAUCGACUCGUUUUCAGAGGCCUGUCUUUCUGGCCUGACCGUAGAGAAUACGGAAAUUCAAGAAGGCGAGUUCCCCGAUAUCAAGCCAAGCAGACUUCUGGAACUCCUUGAUUAUUGGCGGAUAUAUUUAAAGGCAAGUUUUCUUGACGGCCUCUGGGAAGACAAAGGUUUCGACACGCAUUUGAGACGAAUCUUCUACCAGACCAAGUCAGUCAAGGAUUUUUACUCUAGCGCCUUACUCCCAAUAUCAAGCCUUUAUCAUAGCGCAUGUGCAGUUGCAAGUGAGGAUUCAGCUUGUUUUAACAUCCCAACCCCGGAAAGCUUCACGACACAAGCUUUGAUGUGUCCGGAUCCUGGACCGCUUCCAUUCCCACCGUCCAUGACAGGAUCUACAAGUGCAACGUCAUUGCCACUGUCGCUUCUUCUAGCAGCUACGCGUUUGACUGCUCUUCACGAUCCUGGCUUGGAUGUAGUCAACGGGCAGUCAGCCACGCCACUUGCUCUUUCCUUUCCUGCUGCCUACGCAGAAUACGUCCGUCUGUUAACCUCCGCUAAAGCCACGGCUGCAGCUCAAGGAGCAGCUGCUACGGGUGGUAGGGUCUGGGGCCGUGACGUGUCGCGGGAAGCCUGGGAAAAGCUGGUGAAUUGGGGAUUGGUUGUGCCUCUUGGCUCGGGCAACGGCACGACGGACGGGACGAUGUUUCGAGUUGAAAUUAGUUUUGAGGAGGUUGCUGAUCUCGUUGGUGGUGGGGGGUCAUUAGGGCGGUGGUGGCGACAGUGA